GUCCAGUCGGAUGCUCUGUUGACUAGCGGAGCCCGACAAUCGCACGAUAUGCAUCUGCUAUUAACGUGAAUCCUUCCUCCUUGGAUUAAAAAAAAAAAAGCAUAGCCUAGCCUCGGCGUGAUCAUGGGACAGUGUGGUGUUAUAUCUUCCAAGACGGUCUUAGUCUUCCUAAAUUUAAUUUUUUGGGCUGCCGCAGGUAUACUGUGCUACAUUGGGGCCUACGUCUUCAUCACGUAUGAUGACUAUGAUCAUUUUUUUGAGGAUAUUUACACCUUCAUCCCAGCUAUGGUGAUAAUUGCUGUGGGCACGCUUCUUUUUGUCAUUGGUUUCAUUGGAUGCUGUGCCACCAUUCGAGAAAGCCACUGCGGCCUGGUCACGUUCUCAGCAGUGCUGCUACUGGUGUUUGCCACUGAGGUGGUUGUAGUGGUGCUAGGCUACAUUUACAGAGCUAAGGUCGAGGCUGUAGUGAAUCACUCUAUUCAGAAAGUAUAUAAUGAAUAUAAAGGCGCUAACACAGAUGCUCCCAGCAGGGCCAUUGACUAUGUCCAGAGACAGCUCCACUGCUGUGGCAUUCACAACUACUCUGAUUGGAUGAAUACUCACUGGUUUAUUGAGUCCAAAAACAACAGCGUUCCUGUGAGCUGCUGCAAGCCCAGCAUCAAUAAUUGCACUGGGACCUUAAUGAGACCAGGAGACCUCUACCCAGAGGGCUGUGAAGUUCUUGUAGUAAAGAAACUCAAGGAAAUUAUGCUGUACGUCAUACUGGCAGCAUUAACGUUCGCUGCCAUACAGAUGCUUGGGCUGCUGUGUGCGUGUGUGGUCCUUUGCCGCAGAGGUCACGACCCUGCCUAUGAACUGCUCGUCAGCACGGGUAUAGAUGCCUGAGUGGUACUGCAUGGCAUCAUGGGAACGGCUGGUCCUCCCAGCCAGUGUACUGUACAUAUUUAAACUGAAUCAGGCUACCACUUUUCUACACUAGUAAAAACCAGUACCUUUGUUUGACAUCCAAUCUAAGCUUUGACAGCUCGAAUAGCCACACACUGCUUUAGUUGUGAAGAAAAUGUUCCUAGAUGAAGUAUUAAAUAGUUUCUUUAUUUACAGCACUACUGAGUCUGAUGAGCAGAAAAUAAUCAUUCAGUUGUUUACAGUAUUAUGUUGUAAAUAUUUUACACUAAUUGGUUUCAUGUGUCACGGUAAUGUAAUAUUAUGUGUUAUUAAGUGAUUGUUAGGCCAAAGACUGAAGUCACUGGUUGACAUAGUGCAAGUUUCCCCAUAGGUUUAUGUGUUGUACAAGUAAUACUAAGUUAUAACAAAGAUUGUUUUAAAUUGAAAUUAUUUUCUGAAAUCUUUCCUUGCUUCUUAUUUCAGGUUCAUCUUUAGAGAAAUGUUGAUACAAAGGGGUUAAACUAAAUCAUUACUUUUAACUCUCGCAGCCGCAUUAAACUUAAAGGUCACAUAACAUAAAGCAUGAGUUACACAUCAGGCAAGUAUUUGGCUUAAAACAAUCAAGUAUGAAAACAAUCGAAAAAUGUAAGUGUAACAAAAUAAUUUAUUGUAUUUUAAAUAUAGAACUGAGCAUUUGCAAACUCUCCUAUAAUCAGUUCAUUAUAAAAAGGCAGUUUAUGGAAACUUUUAUAUCUUAAAAUUGGUGUUAAAUGCCUGGGACUAGGAAAAAAUACUUACAAAAAGUUUGUUCAAUGAGUGACGCUGCUGGUUUUGCUACAAGGGAAUUGUUACUCUUAAAAGGUCACUGACAUGAAUGCUCGUGUAAUACUCACACUGUUCAUUGUAGCAUGAAAACACUCACGUUUUCACAUUAUUUGAUAAAUUCAUGCUUUUCAUUGCUCCCAGCAGAAGUAUAACAAUUACUAACGCAAAGAACUGCAACGUAUGUUGAUCUGGGUCAGUUCAAUAAAUCACUUCAAUUAAAACGA